ACAUACAACGCAUGAAUCAUCAUAACAGCGGUCUCGCUCCCUUCGCCACCGACCUCACCUCAGCUAAACUCACUUGAACCGAACCGCCACGAUGCAGGGUAACGGUGCCGAUGGAGAAGCCUUGGAUUUCGAGCCUGAGGACGACGACCUCAUGGACGAGGACGCCGCCGCCGACGCUGACGCUGACCCCCGCGCUCCUCCUCCUAAGCUCAAGUCCGCCAUCACCGCCGGCGCCUCUUCCUCCCUCUCCACCCCUAAGAAGACCAAGGGCCGCGGCUUCCGUCAGGACUCCGAUCCCAACCGCAAUACCCGCCUCCAGGGCUCCGAUUUCGACUCCCUUGCCACCGAGGGCGGUCCUGGCCCUCAAAGAUCCAUUGAAGGAUGGAUUAUUCUGGUGACGGGCGUGCACGAGGAAGCGCAGGAGGAUGAUUUGCAAAACGCUUUUGGAGAAUACGGAGAGAUUAAGAACUUGCAUUUGAAUCUCGACCGUCGCACUGGUUUUGUCAAAGGUUAUGCCCUGAUUGAAUAUGAGCGUGCUGAGGAAGCUCGUAAUGCCAUAGAGAAUUUGAAUGGAUCCGAGCUUCUCACACAAACCAUUUACGUAGACUGGGCAUUCAGCAGUGGACCUAUUAACGAAUCAGCGAGAAGAAAGAAUGCUAGACCAACUCGUGAGCGACGCUCAAGGAGCCCUCGCAGGAGAUAUUGACAUGGUGUGUAUUGAUUACAUGAUUGUGUUUUGUGUGUGGAUCCUUAAAUUAGCGGCUUUAUUCGAAUUGUGGAAGAUUUUUCCGAUGCUUGUGCUCUGUUGAGGCAAAAAAAUUACAUAUUUGUUGUUGGGAGGAUUCUUACUAAGACAUCCCUUGUCGAAUGAUAUUAAUUUUUAGCUUAGUUUAUCUUGGCGUAUGGAGUUUAAUAUACUGCAUUGUAGUAAUGUAUCCUGUUUUUGCUUUUGGUACAUGUAAUGGCAUUAUGUUGAGGAAUGUAUGAUUGCCUUUGGAUUGCAACAAUGUUUGUUACAUGGGUGAUGUGCAGAUGAAUGUUU